CAUUCAUCAAAAAUUUCAAUAUACACAUACAAUUCUACACGUUCAUGUACCAGCCUGGCACAUUAAUUCAAUAUAAUUAUAAUAGAACUACUUGGGUAAUUUGGAGUUGAUGAUGACUCAGUCAAAGUCAAUGUUAUCAUAAUAGAACCACUUGGCUUUGAUAUGCAAGGCAACAACUAAAAGAAAGAUUCAGCAAAUACUUGAUCAAGAGUAUUAGUAUCCUAUAUAAUGUUUCAUGGCACACAAGAUCAUACAUAAUUUGGAGAUUUUUGAGUAAUCCCCUAAAUGAAAAAAGAAUGGAUCCAACUUUGGACGAAGAAGCUAGGGGAGAUGAAAGACAUCGGGAAAAGAUUAUGCAGGCAGCUCAAAUACAUUUAGUUGUAGCCACUCUAAUAAUGACAGUCACCUUCACAGCUGGUUUCACAUUACCAGGAGGUUUUGAGAGCGAUACCAAUAGCCCUAAUAAAGGGAUGGCGAUUCUAUUAAGAAGAACAGCAUUUCGUGCAUUUGUUGUUACGGAUGCCAUCGCCUUUACAUCUUCAGCUGCUGCUGUUUUUACUUACUUCGUUAUGGCAGCAAGUGUAAUAUCUGUAACAGAAUUGAGUGUUGUGAUGCGACUUUAUAAGAUCGCAGCUUUUUUGCAGCUUUUGGCAAUGUCAGCCGUUGUGAUUGCAUUUUGUACUGGUAUGUAUGCUACUUUAGCACAUUCAGUUGGUCUUGCUAUUACUGUCUGUGUCAUCAGUUGUACCUCUUUCAUUAUGUUCUUGUUGGUUACUGAUGUUCUUGGAAGCAGGGGAUAGAGUAUAUGUACUUUUGGGUUAAUUAUUGUAUAAUACUUUCAUGGUUUUUAUUUUAA